CAGCAUGUUAUAAGCACGGUGUUUUUGGUUUAUUAUUCUACUAUUUGUUAAUUUUAAGUUUCAAAAAUGUCGAAUCUCGAAAAUAUGACGUCGAAAUUGAAUGAGUGGGGGUUGGGGGAGUACGUCCAGAAUUUUCUGGCAAACGAAAUAACAAGCGAAAUAUUUCUUUCUAUUGAUGGAAACAAAUUAAAGGAACUGAUCCCGAAGGUAGGUCCUAGGCUUCAGUUCCUUAAAAAAGGAUCAGAAUUUAGCAAGGAAAUUCAUAAUAAUGAUCAGGAAACAUCAGACACUGAAGAAAUUGCUACUGGUGCUAAUCUUUCCGAAAACCAAGAGACUAUUGCAGAACAAGAUUAUCAGAAGGAUGUUCCACCACAAGAUACGUCUUCGAGAGAGGCAAACUUUGCCGGAAUUGUUUUAAAAAACGUUUUGAACCAAACUGGAACGGGUAAAGCUUUGUUAAAAAAGAACUCAUUAGAUAGCGACGACAGAAAAAAACUUGUCCUUCAAGUUACAGAGCAUUUAUUAGCAAAUGACAAAAAGAGAACACGUCAAAUUUUUGAAUUUUGGUGUAGUGAAAUCACUUCCGUGUUUUCAAGUGAAAAAAAGGAGACGUACUAUUUGCCCGCAAAGCCACCAACCAGAAAGAAUACUAGCGAUGGAAAUUGAUUAUAAAUUUCUUCAAAAAAAUUCAACUUGUCUUGUUAGUGUUUGGCCAAACAUU